AUGGCCAGCGAAGACAGUAAGACACUUGUAAAUAAAGAAUUUCUUACAGGCGUUGUUGAAGGGUUUUAUGGUCGACCUUGGACAUAUCCUCAACGGAAAGAAUUGUUUCGGAGAAUGAAUCAAAUGGGGAUGAAUGCUUACCUAUAUGCUCCUAAGGAUGAUAUAAAACACAGACAGUCAUGGAGGGAUUUGUACACUCCAGAGGAAGAGCAGCAACUUCAGUUUUUGAUCACUGAGUCCACUGAAGCUGGAGUACUUUUUAUUUUUGCUAUAUCACCGGGCUUAGAUGUAACGUUCUCUAGUGCUAAAGAAGUAGAUAUUUUAAAGAAAAAAGUUGAUCAGGUUUCAAAACUUGGUUGUCGUGCAUUUGCCCUUCUUUUUGAUGAUAUUGAACCGCGCCUAUGUCCUGCAGAUCGAGAGGUAUUUAACUCAUCAGCCCGUGCUCAGGUUAUGUUCGCGAAUGAAAUUUACAAUCAUUUAGGAUGUCCAGAUGUCUUUUUAUUCUGUCCAACGGAGUACAGUGCAAGUUUAGCAGUACCUAAUAUUAAUAAGUCAGAAUAUCUAGCGACAGUCGCUUCCUGUUUAGCACCAGGUAUCGCUGUAAUCUGGACCGGUCCGCUUGUAGUAUCUAAACGAAUUUUAACUAAGGAGCUGAAGGAAUUAUCUACUUUACUACAACAUCCUAUCGUUUUAUGGGACAAUCUACAUGCUAAUGAUUAUGACCAGCGUCGCGUAUUUAUAGGACCGUACAGUGGUCGACCCUUAGCUUUACGUCGCCAAGGCUUGCUUAGAGGAGUGCUGACCAAUCCGAAUUGUGAAUUUGAAGCAAACUAUGUGGCGUUUCAUACUCUUGCACAAUGGUCGAGACAAGCUGGUAGCAAACAUAUAAUACAAUCAACUGAUACAGAAAUGCUAUGUACAAGUGAGGAUUUUGAAUCUAAUGCUUCUGAUGAUAACGAAGUGAUUGAUGAUGGUAUCGAUGACCAAAAGUCAGGUGAUAUUAAUGAACACCCGUCUGUCUGUCAGGAUGACUGUGUAAGUAGAAAACGACAAUAUGCAUCUGUUUACAGACCUCGUGAGGCUCUCCGUAUAGCUUUGCGAGAUUGGCUUGCAUUAAUGCUUCAGGUUGGCGCUUCAAAACCUAGCACGGCUAUAGGUACUCCUACACCUAUGGAUACAGAUAAUCUUGAAACUGGUCAAAACGAAGCUCCCAUGCAGGUUGAAUCCACUCCUUCCAAUGUCGUCAUGACUUCUGAUAAUAAUUCUUCUGAGACCCCUAUUUCAGGUGAUGUAAAUUCAGUUACUGUUACCUUAGAGGAUUUGGAAAUGUUCGCUGAUCUUUUCUAUUUACCUUUCUCUCAUGGACCCUCAGCUAUUCGUCUACUAGAAUUAGGACAUUGGUUACGCGAAUAUUCGUAUGUUUGUGGACCUAACCCAUCUGAUUUUGAGAAAGCAACUGAAUGGAACAAAAAGUUAUCAGAUUAUAUAGAAAUGGUUUCUACAAUCGGUCGAAUACGAGAUCGUAUACAACGUUUACCAUCUAAAAGUAUUUCUUAUGAACUAGUACCAUAUAUAACCGAAGUUCAUAGUGUAGUUGGAAUUAUUCUGGAUUAUUUCCGAUGGUUAGAAACUGGAGUCAUGGCUUUUCGUAGCAUGUCUCAUUUAAAGCGGCUUUUAACAUGGUUUUCUCCUGGUUACCGUGAUAUGGUAACAUCUGGUGAUCAAGAACCAUGGACAUUUCGUGGCGGAUUGAUAACAGAACUUCAGAGAAUUUUACCUCUCGAAUCUGCUCAAGAUCUUUUCCCUGCACCAAGUCGUGCUGUCCCAGGCAUGACUACCAUUCCUUGUUUGAAUUGGCCUGAUAAUUCAUCAAGUGUAUACACACCACUUGCGCCUUCUGUUCCCCCAAUGAUUCCAAUUCAACCUUCAAUUUUCCAAAAUUUUUCAAGGUUUCCAUCAUAUAUAGUUCGACCAUAUAGACCUGAAGAUAAAUCAUGCAUGUAUGGCUUAUUCAGAAAACUACUUUUGACUCGUGUUGGUUUACCUGAAAACGCUCUUCCAUUAGAAUUCCAGGAUUUACCAGGUGACAAGUAUUUACUUCCAUUUCUACAACAUUCACCUGAAAAUUGUUUUAUGGUUAUGGGUCCACCCUUCCUGCAGACCUCAGUUGAUUGUUCUAGCUCAGUCACUGAUCAUUCUACCACAGGUAAUUGUGUUGGCUUUGGUGUUUCAGCACCAGAUGCUGUAUGUUGGGCUCGUGAACGUACUACUCACUAUCGAGAGUCAAUGAAAUUAAAAUAUCCACGUGAUUUCCAAAUUGGAGUACACAAUUUAUCGCAUUGUAACAAAUUAGUUGUUGGAAAUUGUGAGACCAACAACUCUAACCUGAAUGUUGUUACUGCGACUGAUACUGCUCGAUUGGAACCUCCUGUAAUUUCAUCUGCCCCACUUUCCCCUUUAACAGAUGAUCGUUCUUCAAGCAUUACUCCAAAUCAAAAUUCUGUGGCUGUCGAAGAAUUCAUCAAGUCUAUGAUUUCUUCUUUCCACAAUGAUACAUCUGAAGUUGUUGAUAUUGCUGCAGCUGUGAAUUUACUCCCUCCUCCUGAACCACUUGGUGGAUGCCUUCCCAUGGAGCCACCACUAUCUGGUUGUUUGGAACAGUGUGAACCUAAUUGUACGACUGCUCCAAUUACUUCUAAUAUUCCUACUAAUUUGUCAUCUCAAUUAGAAUUAAAAUCUUCUUUUCCUAUUGAUGAAUGUGGUACAACUAUCCCAGCUUUACCUUUGCCUACACCUAUUUUACCAGAUACCGCUCCUCCAUCUCCACCAUCUGGAACUACUUGUGCACCAUCAUUAGUGCCUGAGACAUGUUCAAGUAGUCCUGCAACAACAAAUUCAGUGAUAGCUCGGAAUCUUAUUGUUGCUGGUGGACCAGAAGCACUUCAUAGUGCUUUGACAGCUCAUCCCGCUAUUAUAUGGAUUGAAUUUGAUGAUAUAGGAUUAAAUAAUUGUGUUAAUGGUCCUACACCUGCUAUGCUUAUUAAUCAUAAUCUUGGAUUAUGUGCAGAUUCACCUGAAGUGUUGUUGGAUUCUGUAGCACGUCGAUUAUUUAUUUGUUUGUUAGCGGCAUUGAAGACAGUCGGCGCUCAUGGAGCACAUGUACAGUUGGAUACUAUCAAUGAACAUCGGGCAGAACUUUAUCGACGUUUUGGUUUCUAUCCUAUUCCAGCAGCUUCAAAUGAACAAACAACUGUUUUAGCUCGUUUAAUUUGA